AGCACAGCGAGUGAACUCACUUCCAAUCAGAUUAAAACUCAUCUCGGUAUCUCUUUCCUUUCCAAGAAAAAACCAGAACAAGAAUGUCUUGCUGCGGAGGAAACUGCGGUUGCGGCUCCGGCUGCGGUUGCGGCUCCGGCUGUAACGGAUGUGGUAUGUACCCUGACUUGUCCGAAAAGAGCACAACCAAGACCAUGGUUGUUGGAGUUGCACCAGUAAAAAUGAGCCAUGAGAGGCAGGGGGUGAGCUUUGGACAAGAAAAUGAUGGGUGCCAAUGUGGAUCAAGCUGCAGCUGUGACCCAUGCACCUGUAAAUGAGGAAAGAGGAAAAAGAAAACAUGCCCAGAACAAAGCUGCUGAUUAUCUAUAAACCCAAUAAAGUUUUAUGCUUAAUUUCAGUCUAUUAUAUAUUAUAUAUGUGUGAGUGUGAUUAGGGUUUGCUGUAAUAAAAGGGCCAUGUUUUAGAAAAAAAUCCUCUUUAUGGGAUUUUGGAAGUGUUUCAUGGCUAAAUUAUGGCACUAUCGUUGUUGUUGCUGCUUUGUGGGCAUUGAAAAUAACUCAUUUGUGUUUGUAAUUCAACUUUGAAUAUGGGUUUGAGUUGUAUUGACACGUAUCAUGAAUAUAUAUUUAUGUA